ACUCCUGCUCAGCUCCGCUAAAACUCUUCAGAAAACUUUCUCUGGAGUAUCGCAGGCCUUUUUGAAUGGCAUUUCGGGGUGCUGGAGGGACUCCUUCAGUCCACAGACCUCUCAUGGAACUCACAGGAAUCUAAGAGAAGAAGAAGAAGGUGGGGGAUUUCUUGGGGAUUCAUCACGUUCUUUCCGGCUUUUAAAUCUGGGGGGAGAAUGGGGGCCGGAGCACUCACCAUCUGUCACAACAAAGCAGCUGUGCAGAUCAAGGAGGACAUGAAGAAGAUGGUCCAGCUGCCCAUGGGGAAGCCCAGAUCCACUGCCCCAGUGGGGAGAAGGGUGUUUGGUGUGUCCCUCUCAGAGCUGAAGGAGCUGGGCUUGGUGGAGGAUGGAGUACCUUCGGUGGUCCGAAGCAUGGUGGGGUACCUACGUGAGCAUGGUCUCCAGCAGGAGGGCCUGUUCCGGGUGAACGGGAGUGUGCGCGCCGUGGACGCCCUCAGGCAGCGUCUGGAACGCUGUGAGCCGGUGGACCUGGCGCAGGAGUCCGAGGUGGGCACGGUCGCCAGCCUGCUGAAGCAGUUCCUCAGAGAUCUACCUGAGGGUCUCGUGGAUUCCAGUGUGCAGCCCGCACUCAUCCAGCAGCACCAGGAGUCGUCGGAGGAGGGCGGCUGCCAGGACAUGCGAGAGCUUCUGCAGCAGCUGCCGCAGCUGCACCUGAGCCUGCUCCAGUACCUGUGCCACUUCCUCACCCAGGUGGACCAGCGGCACAAGGAGAACCGCAUGAAUGCGCUGAACCUGGCAACCGUCUUCGGCCCCAAUGUUUUCCAUGUCUCCUCGGGGUUUGAUGGGAUUCAGGAGCAGAAUAUCUGCAACAAGAUCAUGGCCAAGAUGAUCCAGAACUACAGCUCCAUCUUUGAGACUGACAUGGAGAAGGGCAGCUCAAUGAGAGAGACGGAGACUGCCAAUGUCAUCAUAGUAAAGGAAGUCCAAACUAUUACGCUAGAGAGAGAAAAGUCACCCUACUCACCCACUCCAAAAGCACGAACACCAGUUCCCAGAAAGAAAAAGUCCAUAACGAGCAACUCAGCAGAGAACUGCAACACAACCACAUCUAAAGAGUCCGCCUUGGAGACUCCUUCAGUCACGCCAAGGAAGAAGAAGGUGAAGAAGCUUAAAGGUGAAAUGGCAAGUCAGCAGCGAGUCCUGCCCCAGCCCGCUCUCUUGGUCGGCCUUCCCCACGCCAGACCUCUGCCCCUGGUUCCAGCCCCAGAGCCCUGCUCCAGCCCCAGGGCCCUGUCUCCAGGGCUGCUCUCCCAGGACUCUGGCCCCGGCACCUGGACGCCCUCUCCCCCGUGUCCCCUGGUGCGGAGCCCCAGCCCGGAGGCCAUGGAGCUGGCCCCGGAGGGAGUGAGCCCCAGCAGGAGCGGCGAGACCUUGAGCAGCUCCCUGGAGGAGGAGAGACCAAUAUCCCCAUUCUACGUGAGCUCUCAGACCUCCCCAGAUAAUUGUAGACCUGACCUAGCGCAAUUCCUGGAAAGGACGAUCCGCUCUGCGGUCGAGCAGCAUUUGUUUGAUGUGCACAUGCAUGGGGGUCAAAGUUCAGACGACCCUGACACGAAUUGUCAACUGGCGUCUCCCGUGACAACAGCUCGUCAGAGGCGACGUCAGCUGCGCGAGCAAGAGGAAGUCCAAAGACAGCGAGACAGGGAAGGCAUCAACAAGGAGAACAAUCCUUCGAUAGGAGUUAUCAAUAACAGCAGUGUCGGAGAGGAGCGCUUGGAACACACACACUCGCACACACACACACACACGCACGCCCAGAAGCGCACGGUGGAGGGGCCUAGACACAGGAAGAGCAAACACGCUGUUCCCACGCUGGCUGAGCUCAGGGACAACCAGGACCCCCCCUCGGUGCACCCCCCCUUGUCCAAGGAAUGUUUCAAAGUAUCAAAGGCACAUGACCAAGCCUCACCAGAGAACAUGGAAUACUCACAAGUGUGGGAUGAACAUCACAGAGACCAAGACAAUGGCUCAGCACAGACGCCUGCCAUGAAGAUCCAGGAGGCUCUCAGUGGCUCGGACCCUGGAGAGGGCUGCGAGGACGUGCCUCGUCUGGACCUCUCCUCCCUCACCGAGGACAACAACUGGGGAGAUUCGCCGUUCUUUAGCGCUCCUUUCCUUGAUUUCAAAAGCUUCUUCCAGCAGUGUUACUAUGAGGACCCAGUGCCAGCAUACUCGUCCUGGCAGAGGGAAAGCAUGGACCGUGAGGAGGCUCGUCUCUCGCCCCACGCUGGAGGCAGACUUAUCCGACAGCUCCUGGAGGAGGACAGCGACCCCAUGGUCUCGCCGCGCUUCUACGCCUACGGACACUGCCAGCAGUACCUGGACGACACCGAGGUGCCCCCCUCGCCUCCCAACGCACAUUCCUUUGUCAGUCGGAGGAGAAGUUCAUCUCUUGGCUCGUGCGAUGAUGACCGUGAAGAGUUGACCUCAGCUCAGCUUUCAAAAAAGAUUCACAGCCUGAGAAGGAAGAUUCGCAAAUUCGAGGAGAGGUUUGAAGACGAACGCAAAUACAGGCCCUCUCAUGGUGACAAAGCUGGCACCCCUGAAGUACUGAGAUGGAUGAAUGAGCUGGCCAAGCUGAGCAAAGACCUGAAAGAGCACAAGCUGAUGAAGUCGGAGGAGGACCUGACGCCCCUCCCGCGCCAGCGCAGCAACACGCUGCCCAAGAGCUUCGGCUCCCAGCUGGAGAAGAAGCCCAGCGAGGCCAAGGCCCCCAAGCCGCCCGUGGAGACCACGCUGGAGACGGUGAUGGCCAAGCUGGAGGAGAAGCGGCUGGAGGUCAGCCGUCCAGAGGACAUCAAGGACAUGACUCGUGAACAGAUUGCUGCAGAGAAAGUGGCCCUCCAGAAAGCCCUGCUCUACUACGAGAGCAUCCAUGGGAGACCGGUUACCAAGAGUGAGAGGCAGAUCAUGAAGCCCCUGUAUGACAGAUACCGCCUUGUCAAGCAGAUCUUGUGCAGAGCAUCCACCAUUCCUGUAAUUGGCUCCCCUUCCAGCAAGCGCAGAGGUCCUCUGCUGCAGCCCAUUAUUGAGGGCGUACCAGCGCUGUUCUUCGAUGACAUCAAGGAGGAGGAGGACGGCUCGGAGGACGACGGCGAUUAUAAAACCCAGUUCACCGUGACCGUGCGGCCCGAGCUGAGCGUGCUGGGCUUCCUGGAGCAGCUGGACGAGAGCGGAGACACCUUCAUCUCGCCCGUGGACGAGCUCUCGCCCUCCAAGAACACCACAGACAUGAGGCUCUCCAACCUGCACGCUGCCACUAUGCCAGAGCUGGUGGAGCACCUGCAAGAGGCCCGCGACGAGAAGAAAAGAAUCCGCAAGAACCUCCGGGAGUUUGAGGAUCAGUUCUUCAGGCAAAAUGGAAGAAACGUGCAGAAGGAAGACCGCUCGCCCUUGGCAGUGGAGUACAACGAGUACAAGCACAUCAAAGCUAAGCUCAGGCUGCUCGAGGUCCUCAUCAGCAAGCGCGACUCCUCCAAGUUCAUCUAGAGACGUACGCCAACAACACACAAGCAAACAGGAAGCUGGAGCCCGUGCUCCACCACUCAUCCAUCCACACAAGUAUCCAUCCAUCCAUCCAUCCAUCCAGCCAUCCGGCGCUAACACGUACCCACCAAAUUGGACAUGUUUUUUCUCUCGUCCUCUCUCCCACACCAUCUGUGUCACACAUUUGGCCAAAGGGGGAGCCAAGUACGGCGUGACUCAGACCCAACUGAAACUGUUGGUGCCCUGCCCCCCCACCCCACCCCACCCCCCUCUGGAGCUGCCCUGCCAGGCCAGCCACGGUGGCCCAGGCACAGCACACCCCAGCUGGGCCCUGGGGCACUCCCUUGUCGGGCCUCACGGCCCUGGAACUCCGCACCAACAAGCCUCACUUUCCACACCAACAAACCCACAGACCGCGGCUGUCACUCUUUUCCGACCCAAGGUAACCCUCAGAGAAAGAGAGAGAGAGAGAGAAAUAAAUAAAUGAAGAUCUCAAGACAGACCAGGAAGAACCUGUGUGGAGGGCUGUUUGCAUGCAACUGAACACCAUCCUGUCUGUGUUCAGCUGCAUCAGUGGGGCAUUUCAAGUAUUAUACACUAUUUGUUGCUUUUAUUUAUUGAAGUACUUCUAUCUCAUGUGAGUGUUUAUGUUAAAUGUUGCAGUUGUUCAUCUGAUCAAACUCUAAAUGGGUUUAGGUAACAUCCGUGAGAAAGUCUUACACAUUUUGAUGUGGGGAUAUUUGUGACAAGAUUUCUUUUUGUCUUUAUUAUGUGAUCAAAAAAUAUGGUGAGAGUAAUUUUGAUAAAUUGUUGAAGGGAGUCUUUCUUUGUACAUACAAUUUUAACAUCAAACUGCAAUCUGCCUACAAAUCCUUUUGAGAACUAUUUGGGCAUUUUGCAGGACAACAUGUUGAGUCCUCUGACUUGUUUUUAUUUGCUCAUUGACUUGUGAUUCGUGCCAUAUUGAAGAAAAUGGUUCUGUUCGACUUUUUUUUUAAAUGUCAACUAGAAACACUUUUUUUUGUACUCACUUGUAUUUCAUGUCAGAGUUUUGUAAUGUUAACUUCUUGAUUGAGUCUGUUUAGAUAGAAUCAAUAUUAACCACAACACAGAUAGUUUUUUACUGUUUUGAGUUUUCUACUGUUAACAGAGGUGUGAAAUCAGCAUAUUUGGAUGUUUUUAAAUACCAUUAUAAGACGAAUAUGUGCAGAAUGAUAAUCCAAGCUAAUACGGUCAUCUAUUAUUGUAGAUAUGCAUUUUGCUUGUACUCACUUCUUUAGCAUAUAUAUUUUUUUCUUCCAACUGCAAGAUAAGCUCCCAAGUCUCACACUGGUUGUCAGACCUUUGUUGUUGCUGUUCUUAGACGACUCCAGCUCUCACGACCCCAAUGAUCAAACGGUUGCCAUGAUAUGCAUGGGGCAAUCUCAAUUCUCAAAGAAUUCCUGACUGACUGUACUUGCCUAUUUCUGUCCGAUGGACAUGGGGCUAGGCCAGCGUUUCCGGGCCUAAGUAGGCAUGUACCCGAGGCUGUCCCCGUUUCUCUCCAGAAUGGACGCUUCCAGUGUGACCUUCGUUUUUACUGAAUGUAAACACUGAUGGAAAUAACUGAUAUGGGUGUGUACAUUUUAGUACAUGAUUGUAUUUUGUACAUAUUAUAUAAAGCCAAACCUAUUUUUACUGAUGAAA